AUGGACUUUCGGUUUGAACAUGUUGGUCUUCAGAUUAUGAAUUUAUGCAUCGCUACGUCUUCAACAUCUCCAGGUCCAUGUGGGAUUAGCCACCUGUAUGCUCCUGCUACACUUAAAAGUCCGCUUUAUCCCAGUUCCUACCCUAACUCGAUCGACUGUAACUGGACUAUUUCAUACACCAAUGGAUCAAGGAUUCUGUUGACGUUUUCAUCUUUUUCGUUGGAAAGUCAUUCACUUUGUAAUUAUGAUUACUUGGACGUUUAUGACGGUGACUCAUCGUAUGCAAAAAAGCUUGGGCGAUAUUGUGGAAGUCAAUUACCACAAAGUAUCAUAUCAUCUGGAUCCCACCUCUUUAUUGCGUUCCACUCGGAUGGUAGUCAACAAAAACAAGGAUUCGUUUUGAAUUUCACAAAUAAAUUUGGUGAAUUAGCGGAUCUAUUUCUUGGUAUUAUUAAAGCGCUGUGGGGUGCCAGCAAACGAAAUUAG